UGUAACCACGCCUACCUGCUGGACAAACAACAUGGAGGGCUGAUGAUAAAGUAACUUAACGUAACUCUCCGCAUGAAGUACAGAAACGUUUCAAAUAAUAAAAACAGAACUUGCUAGUUCUUACAGUCCUAAUGACAGCUGUGUGAAAGCUGUCAGACCUGAAAAUGGAGGAGAGUCAGGAUGGGUCCAGGACAGGACGCACUAAGACCUGGGGUUUUCGGCGCACCACUCUUGCCCGUCGGGAGUUCCUGGAAGAGGUUGGAGAGCUUUUGGAAGACGCCAAACCAGUGCCCAGUCGCCGUGGUGGUCGCCAACCGAGGGGAAGGGGCCGGGCUAAACAAGCUACUGAGACCACACCAACACCGGCGAGUAAGCGGGGCAGGGGGAGCAGGAAGAGUUUGCCAAAUGCCUCUCUCGCAUCUGUCAGUGCUGAGACCACUACUGAGGCAGACAGUGAGGUUGCACGCUUAGAGUCAUCAGAUGUGUGUGAAGUUGGGCCUGUAAAGACGGUGCCUACUGAGAACCAGCCUUUGAGUGAGGGGACAACAGACAGCGAGGAGAUAAGUCUGAAAGAGUAUGCAGAGAGGCUGAAAAGACGCAAGCUGCUGGAGGGCAAAAAGACUGCUGCUAAGGCAGAAGCAGAAGCAAAGCCCAAAGCAAAUGGUGCAAAAGUUAUAGAGGUUAUACAGAUUGAAACAUCGACAGAGGAGGAGGAGGUAGCAGUUAGAGAAACAGGUAAGCCACCACCAAGGUCUCUGAGCAGUGCCGGAUCGUCACACCCUAUCUGUGCAGACAGCGAAGAUGGUAUGCUGAUCAAAAGGAGACAGAAACCAGCCAGAGGCGUGCACAGAUCUGCGUCCAAGUUUCCAGACACUGAGGAUGAGGAGGGAGAGAGGAAGGAGGAUGACACGGAGGGUGAAGAAUCACCAGAAGGAUGUGAGAGUGAGGACACAGACCCAGAUGCUGUGUAUUGCCUCUGUCGACAGAAACAUAACAAAAGGUUCAUGAUCUGCUGUGAUCGCUGUGAAGAGUGGUUUCAUGGUGACUGUGUCGGCAUCUCAGAGAAGCGCGGGCGGCUAAUGGAGAUGAAUAGGGAGGACUACAUCUGCCCAAACUGUAGCCCCUGUGCAAGCCCUGUGCCUGUCCAGACAGUGCAGACUGCUCUCUCUGCUACUGGGAUGAUGUCUUCCUCUGAGAGUCUCAUGUCACCACCUGCUUGUGAAGAUAGACCAAGUGAAGAUGAAGGCAUCAAGGGAAAAAUUAGAAAAGCUAGCAGCGAAGGAACGAAGAAGAAAUUUAAAAUAUUCCAGCCGGGAGUGACGAGUGCUGUUGUGGAGGAGGAACAGGCUCUCCCAAAAUGCAUUGGGCCUGGCUGCACUAAGAGUGCUCUACCUGACUCUGUGUACUGCGGCCAUGAAUGCAUCCUCCGCCAUGCUGCGGUAACCAUGAAGUCUCUCUCUGAGCAAAAAACGCCCAAACUGGAGCCUCUACCACCACAGGCUAACCCCACACCUAAAGCACUCAGUAAACCUACCAUUCUCUCAGCGUUGAAGGCGCAGAUGAAGCCUCUUCUCGGCAAGGUGGCCAGGAAAAGGUCAUCUGGAGGACAGCAAGGAGAGGGGGAGGAUCAUGGUGCAGAUAAGGAAAAAGAGGCUGCUGUGCUGCCCAGCACCCAAACUGAGGCAGUGAGGGCACAGCAGACUUCUGCCAUAGAUUCGUCAGUUUUUUACAAGUCCAAUAAAAAAGCAGCUCAGAAUGUAGACAGUAAAACAGAAAGAGAUGACCUUGGGAGAUCCCAAUCACCCUCAGAGGUGACUGUCAAACCUGGACACAACGCACCUCUGCCUGCAAGCAGGACUGUACAGUCAGAUUUCAAUCUGCUGCCUCUUAAUUCCAAACCAACAGUACAGUUGGCUUCAGACUCGACUGCGUCCAGACAACAAACUACGGCUGCACACGGCAUCAGCGAGUCUUUGCCUCUACUGCCCAAAAAAUCACCUGAACAGUCACCUCCCUCCUCAUCUGCCUCCUCCCCUACAUCUGCCUCAGUCACAGCCUCCAAGUCUCAGCAGGGACCUCAGGCCCCUCAAAUGCCAUCAGAGCAAAAGCCGAAGCCUAACAAUCAGAUUAGGCUAAAUAUCCGCCGGUCCCUCACUGAGAUUCUCUGGAAAAGGGUAAAUGACAGUGAUGAUUUAGCAUUGUCAGAAGGUGAAGUUGGGAAUUUGGCUGUGAACAUUGAGAAGGCGAUGUACAGUAUGUACCUCUCAACUGAUGGUAAAUACAAGAACAAGUACAGGUUGAUCUUAUUCAACCUGAAAGAUCCCAAAAAUAAGGUGCUGUUCUAUCAGGUGAUCAAAGGAGAAAUCUCACCAUCAAAGCUAAUCAGACUAACUCAAGAUGAGUUACAGGCCAGGGAACAAUCAUCUCCAAACAUCAGUAAACCGCCUGAGGCUCCCCAGAGCAGUCCAGCCAUGGCGCAGAUGAAGCAAGACGUGAAAGAGGAGUCGCCCCCUGGUGGUGUAACAGAGAAAACUACACAAUUGUCUUCUGUAGCAGCACGCAAGUCAGAGGACUCACCAUCACCCUCCACAACCUCUCAGCAUUCUGGAAUCAAGCUAAAUCAACCAACCAAAAUGCCGUCAGUUCCAGACUUCAUCAGCAGCAUGCUGAAGGAUACAACAUCAGAGCACAAAACCCAUCUCUUUGAUCUGAAAUGCAGGAUAUGCACAGGUCAGAUAUCAGCUGACGAUAAUGAUGAGCCUGGAGCUAAGAGACUGAAGAAAUCUGAACCAGAGGAGAAGCAGGAGACAUCACACAAAGAGAGGCCUCCUAAGAUGAGCCGUGGCACAGAGAAGAGGACAGCAGCACCCAUCGUGCCACGUGUCAAAUCGCCAGUUAUGGAAUCCCCAGCGUCACCUGUACCAGAGGACACUCCGGACACCGGAGAGGAGUCGUCAGACUUCACUCCCAUUGUUAUACCUGAGGUGUCCAUUGUGUCCAUCACUAGACAAGAUCCGCGCACCGCUGGAUUCCAUCCUGCUGUUAAACCCCGCGUACACCAACCACCAAUCACUCCAUCCCCUCCCACCACACCUGUAAUCAGUGCGCCCAAACCAGUCAAACCACCACUUCCUCCACCUCCACCUAUUGUCCCGAAAUCUAUCCUGAUGAAACCCACUGGAUCAUCUAUCAGAUUGUACUCUACCUCCCGGACACCCGCAAGUGUGGUGUCUUCUCAACCUCCUCCGGACAAAGACACGCGUCAUUUUCUACUAAAGCAGGAGACUAUAUGGAAAGGAUUUCUGAACAUGCAAACAGUUGCUAAAUUUGUCACAAAGGGUUACCUGGUUUCAGGAUCCUCAAAAUACCUGAAUGAGGACAUACCCGACACUAUUCACAUCGGGGGUCGGAUAUUGCCUCAAACAGUGUGGGAGUAUGUGGAGAGAGUAAAGGCAUCUCCCUCUAAAGAUUUGUGUUUGAUCCGUUUCCAACCAGCGACGGAUGAGGAGGAAGUGGCAUAUGUGUCUCUUUUUUCGUAUUUCAACAGUCGAAGGCGUUUUGGUGUGGUUUCCAACCACUGCAAGUACAUCAAGGACUUCUACCUCAUUCCUCUUGGAGCUCAUGAAUCUGUCCCCUCGCUACUUCUGCCACUUGAAGGACCAGGUUUUGAGCAGAAGCGUCCAAAUCUGCUGCUUGGUCUAGCUGUAUGUCAGAAACCAAAGCUUCCUGAGGCUUUGAAAGAAGAGGCUAAUGAAACAAGAGUUAAAACUCAGAUUGCUUCAGAAUCAUCUGAUGGUGGUUUUCCUACUGCAAAAACAGCCACCGCUAGUGUGACACCAAAUGAUUGGCAACCCUAUGAUCCAGAGAUCCCAAUUAGCACAACGCCCCCUGGAUCUCCAGACUCUUCCUCCUCGGGUUCUGUGUCCUCUCCGUCUGAUUUAGCCCAUACUGUUCUGUCAAUCAUUAAAGCACCUACUGCUGCUAGUUCUAAACCAAUCAGUGCCUCAGAUCCCUCUGUGUCAGCUGGCAAAAAUCCCCUGCAAACCAUUCUUAAAACAUUGUUUGGGAAGAAGGAGGAACCCUCUGUUAAUGCAAUGGAUUCACCUAAACAAAGCUCCUCAGUAGACAUCAAAUCCCCAGCCCCAAAUACUGCAGAGGUUGAUCUGAUUGUUCAAAAGUAUGGACAUACAGACAUUUCUACAGAUACACCAGUAGAGAAUAUUGAGAUAAGCAAAGAUGACGAUAGACCAUAUGAUCCAGAAGAGGAGUAUGAGCCAGAAGUUGAGUAUGAUCCAGAAGUUGAGUAUGGGAUGUUAAAUCAGACCAGCACAAUCCCAGUGAUGAAGGAGAUAGAUAAUGAGGAUGAUCGACCUUAUGACCCAGAGGAGUAUGAUCCAGCAGUGGGUUAUGAUAACUCCAAAACUCCAGUCAAAGCAUUUGAAGAUAAAACUGUAGUACAGCAGCCCACAAUCGAGGAUGAUGUUGCCUAUGACCCUGAGGAUAGCACUUUCUUUGAAGAGAUGCAAGCUGACCUUGGUGGAAAUGCAGGCAAUGGCACAGUGGUAUUAUCUGACCAGCAGAGAAUGCUGCUGGAUUUGAACAAGCAGAUUGAGGAGCAAAAACGUCAGCUGGAGGAACAAGAAGAAGCAUUGUCUCGGCAAAGAGCAGCAGCAGGGAUGUCAAUGGCUCACUUUUCUGUCUCAGAUGCUUUACUUUCUCCUCCUAGAACUUCCUAUCUGUCAAACUGUGAUUUAUUACAACUUGCAGAAAAGCAGACCAUAGAUACUGUUGAUAGGCCAGUUAUUAAUCAGAGGAGGGACCCACGGCAGAGAAGAGAAUCAAAGUGUGUAGAUAACAAGCCAGUUGAGAGUGAGCAUGGUAACAAAAAUACCACUUUAGGAUCUUCAAAGUCAGAAACCAUUCAACCAGAGAAGCACCCAUUAACAACUGAUAUACAGACAGCUAAACAAGGGACUGAGAGUCCAGCAUCUCCUGAGAACAAAACAAGCACAGAGAAAACAAAAACAAAAAUGUCAUCUACUGAGAAAGUAGAUGAAAAAGUUAGAGCUGACAAAAGAGAGUUUACAAAGACAGAUACACAUAAAAAAGCAAGUAGGCUCAAAACAGAGACACGAGAGCAAUCUGGUGAUGCUUCUCGUCAUUCACAUCAUCAUAGGUCUCGCCAUGAAUCACGCCGAACAUCCCAAGGAGAGAGAAAAGAUGUAUCACCAAGGAAAAGGCAACGAUCAGGUGAUAGUCAUGAAGUCAAGCCCUCCCAACCAUCAUCAGUCAGUGUCAAACAAAGUGAAAAUAACAAGCAUCAUGACCGAGAACGGUUUGAGCACAGAGGUUCGAACAUUUCAUUGAGCAAACAAACAAGUAGAAGGCAACAGAGAUGGGAAGGACCAAGAGAAUGUGAGACAAUUUCAGACAUGGCACAAAGAGGUGCCACCUUUUCUGCCUCAGAGGAUAAGUUCAAGGAACAAGUUCCAUUGAGCAAACAAACAAGUAGAAGGCAACAGAGAUGGGAAGGGCCGAGAGAAUCUGAGACAAUUUCAGACAUGGCACAAAGAGGUGCCACCUUUUCUGCCUCAGAGGAUAAGUUCAAGGAACAAGUUCCAUUGAGCAAACAAACAAGUAGAAGGCAACAGAGAUGGGAAGGGCCGAGAGAAUCUGAGACAAUUUCAGACAUGGCACAAAGAGGUGCAACCUUUUCUGCCCCAGAGGAUAAGUUCAAGGAACAAGAUUCAUUGAGUAAACAAACAAGUAGAAGGCAACAGAGAUGGGAAGGACCGAGAGAAUGUGAGACAAUUUCAGACAUGGCACAAAGAGGUGCAACCUUUUCUGCCCCAGAGGAUAAGUUCAAGGAACAAGGUUCAAGUCAAAACACACGACCAAGAGGUCCACCUUCAAGACAGUUUAGUGACCCUGAUUGUCGAACACAGCACACUUUGGAUAGACCAUUUAACUCGAACCAGUGUGAUGCACCUCAUCCACCAGAGGAUAAGUUCAAGGAACAAGGUUCAAGUCAAAACACACGACCAAGAGGUCCACCUUCAAGACAGUUUAGUGACCCUGAUUGUCGAACACAGCACACUUUGGAUAGACCAUUUAACUCAAACCAGUGUGAUGCACCUCAUCCACCAGAGGAUAAGUUCAAGGAACAAGGUUCAAGUCAAAACACACAACCAAGAGGUCCACCUUCAAGACAGUUUAGUGACCCUGAUUGUCGAACACAGCACACUUGGGAUAGACCAUUUAACUCAAACCAGUAUGAUGGACCUCAUCCACCAAUGUGUCGUCCAGGACCAAGAGGCCCAUUUGGACAACCUCCUCAAGGACUGCUUGAAAACAGAGGCCCCAGACCUCCAGGACCUGGACCACCAGGGCCUCCAAACAGGCAGUUUAAUGUCAGCCAUGGUCCCAGGAUGCCUAAUGUUGAUGCUCCAUGGAGAUCAAACAAUAACAGUGUCAGUGACUUUAAUGAUUGUCACCCUUUUCAUGAUAAUGACAUACCUGCUCCCCCACACAUGUUUAGAGAUAAUCAUGGAGAAUUUUCUUUCGGUGGUGCCCCCACUGAGCACCCUGAAAUGCAUAGGGGUGGAGAUUUAGAAUGGGGCAAGCAGAGAACACAUUUGACUCCAAACAGAUUUGACCAGCAGCAUGGACGUAAUACUCCUGAAAGGAUCGGGCCAGGGUUUUGCGGACCAGGCCCAAGUGACAACUACAGAAACAGAGAAAUGAUUAAGAACAGGAGUGCUGUUUUCCCUGGUCCCCAUGAUAUGUCAGUAGAUCCAAGAGCACCUUUGCAUCAUUUUCCCAAAUCCGGUUCACCUCAGUUCACACAAACCUUCGAAGAGCAAAGUCCUCAUCACCUUGAUCACUACAGCCCAAGAGACUGCCCCCCAUUUCCCAGACCAAGAGAUCCCACUUCAGGACCAUUUUUAGGGAAUAAAGGCCAACCAGGCUUGUGUUUGGACAAGCCAAAUUGUCAGUCUGAUGCACUGCCUCGACGACACUCUGGCCCUUUGCUACCGACCCCUCCAGGGGGUCCCACUGGACCAUUUAAUCCCACAAUGCAACAUCCUCCUCAAAACGUAGAAAACCCUUGGCCACCACAAAAUCCACCUGGAGGAACAGAUUUUGACAGAGAUUUUGACAGAGACACUUCAGGAUCAGAUAAUACAAAAAAUCUCAGAGAGAAUAAGGACCCCUCACCCUACCACUCGCAUGAAUACACCAGAGAGCAGUCAGAAGAGAGGAGGAUGUCUGAUGGCGGCUUUCCUAGACAGAGAGGCAGGAGGCCUUGGCCUAGGGAGCAAGGCUGGAAAAGGUCUCUCUCUAGAGGGAGGGGGUUUGAUAAAGGCAAAGGAGGAGACACAGGAGAGAGUGAGGGUGAAGCAAGGAGGCCAAAGGGUGGACAAGAUCGAGAUUACGCCAAGAGAGCGAGAAUAAGAAACAGGCACCAGGACCACGACAGAGAUUCUCACAGUAGUAGUCAAGAGGACAGGAACCAAUCUUUCCAUGAGAGAACAGGAAGGAGAGGACAAAAAGAUGGAGGGUUUAAGGCCUUUGGUAGAAAAAGGGGCAGAGGUAGAGAGAGAAAUAGAUAAAGAUCCUGAGUUACAAAGACAGAUCAUGGGAGAAGUCAAGAUAAAACAGAAGAGCAUUGUAUACAUUUAAAUAUCAGUUGAUACCUCUUGAGUUCUUCACCUCUUGUGUGCACAUGUCAUAACAUUGAUUCUGUGAAGAUGCCUGUUUUGUGUCAGACAAGUUGCAAUAAUAAUGCAUUUGUGAAAAGAAUUUAGCAGCACCAAACUAUUGUGCACUGCAAUAUGCAAGAUUCAAAAUUAAACUGUUAAUGUGCAUACAGAUUUUUUUUACUGUGCAUACAGAAUCCUUUUACCUUUUAUGUUUACCAUUUCUGUGUAAUUUGCAGACUAUUUUGUUCUGUUCUUCAUCUUCAUAGUCAAUUUUCAAACUAAGCAAAAGUACAUGUUUUAUUUGUACUUUCUAUGAGGAAGUGUUAUAAACCAUACUGGUUUAAUUUGGUUGUUUAAAAGCAUUUUGUGUAUUGGAUACUGUAGUUCAUAUGGUUCAUGAAAAAUAGUUUUAUAGGGAGCCAAAACAUUACUAGUUUGAAAAUUAUGCUUUUGAAAAUUAUGCGUU